AGACACACACCGACCGACCACAGCACUCCCAAACAAAACACUACUAUUCCCAAACAAAUGAGCAGCUGCGCCUUUGCUGCUUUUGCUCUGCUCCUCCGUCCACUCCCCCCCUUUCUCCCCCCUCCACCGGGCUCGCUGCCGGUGGCCGCCGCUUCCGCCGCCCGCUUUACCCACCGCUGAUUUACACAUCAGCUGCUCGGCUCGAGCUCCGUAGCAAGACUCUGGAGGUCCCAGCGCCUCACAUCACCCGUGCAGCCGGACAAAGAACUACUCCUACUCCCGGAGGAGAUGAAGUCCCGGAGCUCCGCGAGGGGCGAGCCGAGGAGGUUCGGGAAUGUGGCUCUCCUGGCCCUCAUGCUCUGCUCCCUCGUCGCGCUCUCGCUCAUCCGGGCCAGGUUCUCCCCAAUCGGUAAUACGGCCGUUGCGGAGACCAUCAAAGUGGAGGAUCCGAAGCCCGUGGUGGUGAGCAAGCCGGCUGCCACGGCGGAGGCCGACGAGGCCGCCGCAGUAGCCGUGGAGGAAGACAAGGAGGAGGAAGCUCAGCCCAAGGAUGAGGAAAUUCAGCCCAAGACCGAGCAGGCCUUAGACGCCGCAGUGCGGCCCGCCAAAGCCGCGGUGGCCGUUGAUGCCAGCAAGCCGGUGUGCUACGAGACGAGCCGGCGCUCCGACACCUGCGAGGCGGCCGGCGACGUGCGCCUGCUGGGGAGAAGCCAGACCAUCUACGUCGACACGCUGGAGCGGGAGUGGAAGACCAGGCCCUACUGCCGGAAGCACGACACGUACGCGCUGUCCCACGUCAAGGAGUGGUCCCUGAAGCCGUUCCCCUCCGGCGACGGCGCGGCGCCCAAGUGCACGUCCAACAGCUCGGCCACCGCCUUCGUGAUCUCGACGGGCGGGUUCACCGGCAACCCCUUCCACGACUACACGGACGUGCUCAUCCCGGCCUUCAUCACGGCCCACCGCUUCGCCGGCGAGGUCCAGUUCCUGGUGAGCAGCUACAAGUCGUGGUGGAUGAGCAGGUACAUCCAGAUCUUCCAGCAGAUGAGCCGGUACGAGGUGGUGGACAUCGACGCGGACGACGAGGUCCGGUGCUACCCGAGCGCCGUGGUCGGGCCGACGUUCCACAAGGAGCUGGGCGUGGAUCCCUCCAAGGCGCCUUCGGGCGUCUCGGUGGCGGACUUCCGCAAGAUGCUGCGCAGCGCGUUCGGGCUGGAGCGCGCCACGGCGACGCCGAGCGGCGACCGGUGGGACAUCCGCCGCCGGCCCCGGCUGCUGAUCAUCUCCCGGCGCACCUCACGCGGGCGGGCCUUCAUGAACGAGCGCGCCAUGGCGGACAUGGCGGGGAGCCUCGGGUUCGACGUCCGCAUCGGGGACCCGGACACGACCUCCGACACGUCCAAGUUCGCGCGGCUGGUGAACUCGUGCGACGUGAUGGUGGGCGUGCACGGCGCCGGGCUGACGAACAUGGUGUUCCUGCCGGCCGGCGCCGUGCUGGUGCAGGUGGUGCCGUACGGGCGGCUGGAGUGGCUGGCCCGCAACACGUUCGCGGAGCCGUCGGCGGGGAUGGAGGUGCACUACCUGGAGUACGUGGUGCAGCUGGACGAGACGACGCUGAGCGAGCAGUACCCCAGCGACCACCUGGUGCUCAAGGACCCCAUGGCCAUCCACAAGCAGGGGUGGGACGCGCUCAAGACCACCUACCUCGACAAGCAGAACGUCCGGCCGCACCUCGGCCGCCUCAAGAAGACCUUCCUCCAGGCGCUCAAGAUGCUGCCGCACGGCCGGGACGAUUAGACCAGCAGCUUUAGCUCACCGUCGUCGCCAUCAUCAUGGGAGCUUGAGAGCUCUGCUGGUAGCCUAGUAUCAUCAUCACUAAUAGUGUACAAAAUGGAUGCAGAGGACAAGUGUCUAUAACCUUUACUCUGUUUUCGCCUAAUCCGUGGGCCGCGCGGUGCACUGUACUACUCUACUCUUUUUUCAGCAUGAGGUAAAACUUGCAGCCGUGUUAACAGGAUGCACGCACUCAGCACAAACCAGACCCACUGUAUCCUCUUCUGUUACAAGAAGCAAUGCCCAUGUAUUUUUAUUUUGAA